AUGAAGCAAUUCACCAUUUUAAAAAAAUUGAUAUAUUUUUCGAUAUUUAUUUGUUCUUUGGGGCACACUACAAAUGUUUUAUGUGAUGUAAGCGCAGACAAAAAUGGGCCCACGCUAUUAGCUCCAUUAGAUUUAAAAUUUAGUAAAUUCUCAAGCAAUAAUGAUUAUAUAUUAGAUUUAAUGUAUUCUUAUGAUUCACUUAUAGAAGCUGUAGCUAAGAGUUUACAACCGGAUGAAGAUUGUGGAGAAACAUCAGCCAGUGAUGAUGAUACUAAAUCAAAUGAAGAUUUAGAUGAGGAUAACCAGUUUGGCAUUUUAGGGGGAAUAUAUGAUGAAGAAGAAAUUUCAAAGAUCAAUACCAUGAAGAGAUCAAUAAGGACUAAAAAAAGUGAUAAUAUAUAUCAAGACAAAAAAGCAUCAAAGAAACCAUCUGAAGUUGAUGAGUAUGAUGUGAAUAGUAAUUAUGAUGAAUUCGAAGAUGAGUAUUAUAAAAUAUGUUUAAGUCCUAGUUAUAAGAAAUUAGAAAGUAAAUAUACUAAUAAUAGCACGCUAUCAGUUAUAUUAAAAUAUUUAAUAUAUAUAAGUAGCGCUUUAUAUCAUAUCUCCAAUUUGGCUAUUAUUGCUAUAUAUACUUUCUAUUGA